AUGGUGCUUUGCAACUGUUAUGCAAUUCUAUUUCUUUUGCUUUUAAGAAGAAUAACUGCCGACUCACCGAACGCAAUGAAUGAAGCUGGUUUUGAACUUUUUUCUAAAGAAAAGCUACAAGCUGGGAAAUCAAAAUUGGAAGAGUUCACGGCGAACGCUAAGAGCAGUGAUUGCUGGAAGAAAGCUGUUGAAGGGAUCGAGAAACGAUGCAAGACUCUUGGAGACGUGGAACAGAGCUACCUGGCAAUCGAUUUUACAAACUGCCAUUUGUCAAAAUCAGGGAGAAGAAUCUAUUCUUGUUCGAGAGAGACGCAAUCAGUUGAGAAAUGUACGGGAUCAAUGGACGACACAACAUAUCUAGCGUAUACGACAUUUUUUGCUCAUACGACUAAUAUCUGUUUCUACGUGAAAAGUGAGUUGUGGCAAGCAAGAACAGAAGGCACGAUCUCUAAAUUAUCAAGAACUUCCCAACAGGUUUCUGCUCAGCUGGAGGAGUCUGCCCAAAGACAAAUCCUAUUACUACAAACACAGAAUAUUUCCCUCGAAAACCAGAAGGAAAUCAUAUCAAAUGAAAUCCAGUUAUCUGCGACACUGAAGAACUCCACGUCAACAGCAAGGGAAGCCUUCGAGGACAUGAAGCAAAAUGCUGUCGAACAAAAAGCUUUAUUCACUGAAACAUUUGAUGGUGUCUUCAAAAGUGUGGAAAAGGUCCAAAGACUGCAAUCAAUGAUUCUUGGAGAGUUCAUAAGUUUACAAUCUGUAGCUUUCUACAUUGCAGCAGUAUGUUCAUGUUAUUUCCUGACAAGCACUCCACGCACGGCAGCUGGCAGACUCCCGCUUUUCGUUUUGUUGUUUAUUCUCAUAUUCAGUGAGCGGCUGGUGACAUCUUAUGGGGUGACAGACACCCAGUCAACCAACACAGAAGCCAUACACUCAAGACUUUGGUUUUUGAGAAAGCUAUUCAUCAUUAUCACAACUAUUGUGAUAAUGGUUGUUGGAUACCAAUAUCAAGAUUACAACAAAAUCAACUUUAAUAUGCUUUGUGAGAUGCAGCUUCAGAUUCGAGAUAUGAAGCGAUGGCAGGAGACAAUCAAAAGUUUGAAGGCACUUACAAAUGGAGACUCUACACCUCAGCCUGUGCAGAGCAGACAUUCAAUGCCAAGUAUUACACAUCCUGGUUGUACAAAAUAUGUCCAAAUAUGUGAUUUACAAGAUGGUCCCAUCAGUGAUUGUGCACAAAACUUGUAUAGUGAUGAUGAGUCUGAUUUGAGUUAUACACCUGGUGAGUCAGACCUGGAGAGUUUUUCUGAUGAUAGCAGUGAGGAAGAGGAGGAAGAUGAUUCUGAGACUGAAGACACCAUACCUGAUGUGAGAACACCAGUGAUUGGAACAAAAGCCAAAGGAACACCUAAAAAGACAAACCCUGCCGUGUCCAGAAGAACAAGGAGUAACAAAAGGGGUCAUAAUUCAAGUCCAUCAGUACGCUACAAUCUUCGAUCAAGGGAAAGCACUCCCUCAUAUGUCCACAAUGGUAGUUUCCUCUGCAACAUGCCUUCGCCAUCAAAAUUAACGGAGCUGAUUGACAAAGUACAAAAGGAUUCAAACAAGCGGUACACAGCUGUCAUUUGUAAACCUAAGAACAAGAGCCCUAAAAAAGCACCAUUGUUUUCAUCUGAUGAAGAACCCUAAACACAUUGUUGCCUCUGAUUUUGAGCAUUUAACUUCUGUAAACAUAUGGCUGGGUCAAUGAGUCUGCAACCAUCAUUGUUAUUGCCAUUA